AUGUCUCUCUCACCUCGUCCGGAUACCGAUGCCAUUGCGCUCCCCAAUGGCCGUCGGAGUGCAAACGCCAGCGGGGAGCUGAGCCCCUCCGACAGCGAGGAUGCAAGUCUAGGUGCUGACGUCUCACCUUAUCCCAGCCCCGGCAUCGGUGCGGCGGCGACUGGGAUUACCGACCUGGAAGAAGAUGCUGACGACGCUGACGAAGCCGACGACGUGAUUGGUGUCAGCAUGGGCUACGAUCAGAGCCGGCUCAAAUCUCGUACGACGCCUGCUGAGGAGAAGACGCGCAUUAUGGAACGCAAUGGUGGGUUCUUUGAAGAUGAGGGUCUUUUUGCGCCGGAUAUCACGGAGGAGCCGGAGUCGCUGGCGGAGGAGGGGGAUACGGAUAAAGAUAGGACUCCGACGGGAAAGGAAACCACGGCGCCGGGAACUGCUGUUUCGAAAGGCCAGACCUCGCGCACUGGAUUUACGAGGUCUCUCUUGAAGGGAACGCUGCCGCUGCGGCCGCGAGCGUGGUCGGGCGAUAGCCAUACUGGGAGUCGGCGCGGGUUGAAGAAAUUCUUUCCAUCGUUGCACCUGCGAACGAGCAGCCUUUCGAUGUCUCGACAUCGCUCGCGCAGCUGGUCAUCGCGGCUCAAUUUGGAGCAGGAAAAGGGCGGUGAUGUGCCUACGACGUCUCGGUCACCUCGGUCACCGUGGCCGCAGCCUUUGGUUUCGGACCCAAGCUCGUCAGCGUCGAAUGGGACACUGGAGGCAGCAGCAGAGGACCCGAUCGGGGAGUUGAAGCCAUUGCAGGCGCCGUCUGCGCGGACCCGCGGUAAGCAUUCAUUCGUCGGUUCCAACCCGACCUUGCGACGGUCGUCUUCGGAUCAGUCUUUGUAUUUGCGGGCUUCCUCUACUGCGUCCUCUCUUGAGCACCGUCCUCAAUAUGAACACAUCCAUUCGCAGGUCAACAGUCGUUUUAAAGCCAUCAAGGAUUCUUUACAGGACUCUAGCAGUCGGCUUUUGAGCAUGCCCACGCUUCACCUUCAGGAUCUGCGGAGCGAUUGGGGAUACAGGCAGUUUCUCUCGGAUGCGCACCACCGCAGGACGGAGACAAAUGAGACGGACGACACGGUCCUCUCCACGGGCACAACGGCUCCACCGCUUGAAGGUGCACCCCCGUCGCCUCUUCUGCGAUCAAAGUCUACUCGCAAGAGCUUAGCUGCAACCUACCCUGUCCUCUUCGAGGCCAUGAGCGAGUUAUCCGGAGAUGUAGUGGUCAUGGGCGGCUACCGGGGUUCUGUUCUACGCUCCGCCAAACCCCCACAUCGACAGCUCUGGGUGCCUAUGAAAGUCGGGUUGAAUCUCCGCAAAGUAGACCUAGAAGUUGGGCUGACACGAGAGGACGAGGAACGCAUGGAGGAAACCAUCAUCCCAGACGGCGUUCUCUCCCACGUAGGCCCCGUCGACAUCUGCCGACGGCUUCUCAAGCGGCUGCAGAAAUGCGAUAAUGCCGCCCGCGGCGACUUGCGCGUCCACAACUACGGCUACGACUGGCGUCUUAGCCCGCAUCUCCUCUCCCGCCGUCUAAUCAAGUAUCUCGAGGGUCUUCCCUGUAAUGCCCCCGACGUUCCGCCACACAAGCGAGGUGCAUAUGUUAUUGCGCACAGCCUCGGCGGUCUCAUCGCCCGCCAUGCGGUGAACCAGCGGCCCGAGCUCUUCGCGGGUGUCCUGUACGCGGGCGUUCCUCAACACUGCGUUAACAUCCUCGGUCCUCUCCGUAACGGCGAUGAUGUGCUUCUUAGCUCGCGCGUUCUAACCGCCCAAGUCAACUUUACCUUCCGGACGAGCUUUGCCCUUCUUCCAGAACGGGGCCAUUGCUUCAUCAACAAGCGCACAAAGGAAGAGUACCGCCUUGACUACUUCGACCCAGCCGUCUGGGAUGAGUACCGCCUCUCUCCCUGCAUCAAUCGACCCUUCCCCACCCCAAGCUCAUCCAGCAUCAAUCUACCUCUCCGCAAACGCUUCUCUACGAUCCUCUCCAACUCUUCAGACGGCAGCAUCGGUGCAGACGACACCACACCUGACCACUCGCCCACCCCAACAACCGCCAGCGGCGACUCCGUCUCCAACUCGACCUCCUCAGCAGCCGCCGCCGCCAUUAAACAACUGAAACCCCCCAAGCCAAAAGGCGAGAUCUUCCCCGGCCCAAGUACCAACCCCAGGGGCUCUUCCACCACAGGCCCGAACGCUCAGCCCGUCACCAUCCCUCCUGAAGUCGCAAAGGAUUACCUCGCCCGUACUCUCUCCGAAGUCAAGGCUUUCAAACACGAAACUCUCCACAACGAGGUACAUCAGAGCAGCAACAAAUACCCACCAUUCGCAGUUCUGUACUCCAAGUCCGUCCCCACCGUCUACGGCGCCCGCGUCAAUUCAAAGGAGGGCAUCAAGUAUGCCGACGCCUAUGACGAUCUGGCAUUUGCAGCUGGUGACGGCGUCUGCCUUGCAAGUGCGGCGAUGCUGCCGACGGGCUAUAGGGUUAUCAAGGGUGGUCUUGUCAAAAGCGACAGAGGGCAUGUCGGGCUGCUGGGUGACCUGGAGGGCGUGGGCGCCUGUCUGAGGGCAAUUGUCCGAGGAAGGAAGGAAGGUGUUGGGAUUGAGGGGUUCAAUGUGAGUUCGAGUUCGAGUUCGAGUUGA